CCUCGGGUGGUUUGCAUAUAUAGACGAGUCUCCAGCCACGAAGCUUAAAUCAUUUUCCGCAGAGCUGCAAAGAGGAACUAUUUUCUGAAGAGCUUUACAGAGAAACCAUUUUCACGCAGAGACGCUACCAGAGAAACAAACUCCUGAGGAUGGCUAUCUUCACUGCACUUUCCGUCACGCUUUUAGUUGCGUUAUGCUCCUCUGUCACGCAAGGCGUCUCCAUAUCAAACAGCGGCGAUGGAAACGUUGUUCGCCUUAACGUUGUUCAAGAUGUCACGCUGGAGAGACCAGGAACCAACUUUAACUUCUUGAAAUAUCUUUUGGUCGGUCGUCACCCACAGUUCCCGCUGAAGCGCUCGCUUAUUCAAUUUGAAAACUUCAGCUACGGGAACUGUCCCGCAAACAAGAUCCGCUGGGCAAAAAUGUACGUAUACUUUGUGUACGCACACAAGGCAAGCUGGCACUCCGUCACCCAAACCCCAUACCUCUCUCACAAGAUACAAGUCCACACGGUCAAGAGGCGUUGGGCCGAGUCACAAGCCACUAGUUCCAGACCCCUGAUAGGACAAAGCUGGUCCCAGACCUACCUCGGCCUGAACAAUCAAGAUGCUGAGUCCAGGCCCCAGUACUGCUCGACAUUCAUCUAUGCGUACCGCCCAAGAGGAUUCGUUGAGUUUGACGUGACACGCGCCGUGCGUGACUGGAGAAGUGGAAGAAAAUCAAACUACGGCCUUCUACUUAAAGUAAAAGAUGAAAAGCGUAACGGAAGAGAUCUACGCUUUGCCAGCAACGCUGAUGCAGAUCCCAAGAAACACGCUUUCAUUAAUGUCAUGUGCAACUACUAAAUUAUUUAUGAUUGAAAUAAACCUCUCAUCAUUAAAUCAC